AUGGGUUUCACCAAGUUCCUCCAAUUCCUUUGCUGCCCGUUCGCCCCCUCCCCGGUCUUCGAGGAGGAGGACAAGGAGUCCCGCCCGUCCUCGCCCAACGACUGGGCCCCGAUCCCCGAGUACCCGCCAUUCCUCCGCAGCAAGGAGGCCGAAACCCGCGCCGCGGAAGCCUGGCACCGGAAGCUCGCCAGCGUCGACUGCCUUCGGGACCCACUUCUGCAGGAAGCGACGCUCAGAACUCAUUACAAAGAGUUCUUUGCGAAGCCGACUCGUCGCCGCAGAGUGGAGUCGAACUUCUGGGCCUAUGCCCAGCGACAAGCCAAGAUCGACGGCUACAACUAG